AUGGCAAACUCUACGGCUCUUAGCGAUAUCCAGAAAGCCGUCUGGGACGGGAAAUUGCCGCUACAAAUAACCCUGGCUCCGUCAGAGAGCCGCACUUUCGACCAGACAGAUUCGUAUCUUAUCUCCUACCCACGCGUCUCCUAUCUCCCAUCGCUAUUGCCACGGCUACGAGCCUUCUUUUCACCCUCGCUCAUUGAGCCCACCUCUCAGCCCCACGAGGGAUGGUUCUCGUUUGAAGGGGUCCCGCUCAAAUGGCAUCUACCCGUGGGGCUGCUGUAUGAUCUGUACGCGGGGGCUGAUCCAGCCUCCCGGGUAGACCAAUCUAACGACUUCGAUUCGACCGAUUCGUCACUCCCGUGGCGUCUCACGGUGCAUUUCAGCGACUGGCCGGAUGAAGAGCUGGUACGGCUCGACGCGGACGGCAUGGUCAUGCACGAUGCUUUCAUCAAUAGUGUUAAAGAAGCGGAUUUUCUACGGAAUGGGACGGCCAAGGGGAUCAUGAGUCUUUCGAAGGAGGAUUCGUCGGGAUUAUGGAAGGCUGUUCAAGAUGUGAACCUUUCCUCUUUCCAACGGAUCUCUAAUAUCCUCCUCCCACCGCCAUCUCAACCCUUCCGUAACGUCCCCGUCCGAUUCUUCCUCCCUCUUCCGCCGGAUUCGGGAUCCCCGUCUCUCAAAGUCGUCCAGUCGCCUCUUCCCCCGAGUGUUCCCCCUUCUAGUAUCACAGGUAGUCAAGCGACCCUUUCAGGUAGUCCUACUUCGCAGACGCAAACAGUCGGCUCUGCGCUGCAUUCUCUGCUUCCAAAUCUGUUUCCGAGUCGGAGAACGCCCGUUCUGGCGAAACCGGUGUUGCAUGGGUCGGCGGUGCCUAUGUCGGCUCCGAUUGAAGAGUUGGUUCGGAGUUCGGCGUACGGGGAUGGAUGGGUGUAUGUUGUUGUUCGGAUGAUGGGGUGA